UCGACCGCGGCAUUGUUGCUCUCCGCUCGCGGUUGUUGUCUUCUGGUCCGUAAGAAACGCUAACCACCUUCUGUCCUGCAGGAAAGAUGAUAGGUUUUCUAUUCGGCUAAUGUUGUUUUCAUCGUAAACGUUUCCUAGCUCGUCUUUUUUUGUUUUGAAACCAGGCACGUCGCUAGUGUAAAGCUAGCCAGCUUGCUAACCAGUCGCGAAAAUGAACUCCAACACGCACGUCAUCCAGGUGACAAAUGUCUCCCCGAGCACGACCUCCGAACAAAUGAGGACUCUGUUCGGAUUCCUCGGAAACAUAGAGGAGCUCAAGCUGUUUCCACCUGAUGACUCUCCCUUGCCUGUGACUUCACGUGUCUGUUUUGUAAAGUUCCUUGAGUCUGAAUCGGUGGGAGUUUCUCAACACCUGACGAACACCGUCUUCGUGGACAGAGCAUUGAUCGUGGUCCCUUUUGCUGAAGGAGUCAUUCCUGAUGAAUCUAAAGCUAUGUCGCUGCUGGCUCCAGCCAAUGCCGUGGCAGGAAUGAUGCCUGGUGGAGGCCUUCUUCCAACACCCAAUCCUCUGGCAUCGAUGGGAGGAACACCAUUUGGAGGUCUUGGAGCUCCCAACAUGGAGCAGAUGGCUGCAAUGGGAAUACCGGGACCAAACAUGAACCCCCAGGCUCUUUCUGCAGACUUCCUGAAGCUCAUGCAGUCCAUGGACCCCAAAUUGAAUCCAUUAGCGGCUGGACUGAACUUGAAUCCAGGGCUCAAGACUGACGCUUCCAAUAAGGAGAUAGAAGAGGCCAUGAAGAGAGUCCGAGAGGCCCAGUCUCUCAUUUCUGCAGCCAUUGAACCAGGAAAUAAGAAAGAUGACAAGCGUAAACAUUCCCGCUCCCGCUCACGGUCUCGGCGCAGGCGGUCCAGGUCUCGCUCAAGACACAGACGUUCAAAGAGCAGGUCUCGACGGAGGUCCCAUUCGAGGAGUAGAAGGAGGUCCAAGAGCCCACGAAGGAGGAGGUCCCACUCCCGGGAUAGAAGCCGCCGCAGUAGAUCAAGGGACAGGAGAAAGGAGGAAAAGUCUAAGAAAAGGUCCAAGACGCCGCCCAAGAGCUACAGCAGUGCCAGGAGGUCUCGAAGUAUCAGUCGGAGACACAGGCGAAGCCGCAGUGCGUCUCGGUCCCCCAGGAGAAGGCCGUCCAGGUCACCAUCACCCAGGCGUCACAAGAAAGAGAAGAAGAAGGAUAAGGAUCGUGAGAAGGACCGGGAUAGAGAGAGGAGGGAGGACAGGGACCGGAGCAGAGACGAAAGAGAACGCUCCACCAGUAAGAAGAAAAAAAGCAAGGACAAGGAGCGAGAUCGAGACCGCAAGUCCGACAGUGAGAAAGGAGACGUUAAGGUGACCCGGGAUUAUGAUGAGGAGGAGCAAGGUUAUGACAGUGAAAAGGAGGGAGAGGAGGAUGACGACGAGAGGAAGAGCGACUCUGACUCCGCCUCGUCCCCCAAAGGCCAGGAGGAGAUGAUGGAGAGAUCCGAGGGCCAAAUUCCCAAAAAGUCCAAACUAAACGGAGACGAUCACCAUCAGGAAGACAUGGAGAUGAGCGAUUAAGUACGUCCCCGAGACUGAACCAGGCCGCGUUAUCUUUCCACUGUCCUUUUAUAUUUUUAUUAUAGGCCACAACAUGUCUGUGCCUGAUCACUCAAAGUUAAAAAGAUUUGUCGUCUUAACUGUAGGGGAGGGGGUGUAGAAUGAAAACUGUCGAAUAAGUUUUGUAAAGACACGAGAAAACGAGGACUAAAAUAUGAAUAACAUGAGAUGUGGUUUUAAACUGUCAUUGCUGUACUUUUUUAAAAUCCUGUUGAUUUUUCUUUUUGUUGCCUUUGUGUUCAAAAUUCCUGACAGUAGAAUACGCAGCAGUUUCCACUGAAAUGCUGUAUUUGUAAAUAUUUUACUAGUCGGGAUCGAGUCCUUUCCUCGGUCAGACUGUUAAUCACCCACCACUCGGCACCAGCUUCAUGUUUUUUUUUUUUUUUUUUUUUGUUUGUUUUUUGGUUGCUGAACCAUUUUUGCUUCAACUGUAAUGCACCCAGUCGUGUUUCAGCUGACCCUCCUAUUUACAGCCCUUUCUAAGUGUACACUGUAGAUUGAAAUGUGUUGCAAUGAAAUACUUUGUCUGCAAUAGGUUUUCCAAAGUAAACUAAUAAAAUUGGGUCAAACUU